AUGUCAAAAAAUCCAUGCCAGGAGCGCCAGAAAGCCUGGAAUGAGAAUCGGAUUCGUGUGGGAAAGUGCGCAAGGUUUGCAGGUUCAACGGCCAAGCUGAUUGGAUCUGCUGUAACGUUCGCUGCGGAGGCCUUUCAUGCAUGUGGGGAUGACGGAAGCCUUCCCGCGGUCUGCUCGUCCAUGGUCACCUUUGCGAUUGCUUCCUUAGGAUAUUUCGCAGAGAACGCCGCGAGAAGCCAUUACGAAUGCCCCUACUACAUGGGCCAGAACCUGUACCAGUGUGGCCAAGAUCAAUCCAGACUGGCAUCUGCAGUGCAGCUGUUCGCUUCUGCCACAGCAGCCGCAGUCAUCAACUGCGGGGCACUGGGUGGAACGGCCAAGGACGUGGACACGGGUAGUGAGGUCCUAGGAGUUAUGCACUGUUAUUUCGGGCAGUCUGCAGGGGGUAUUGAGGGUGCUCGGACAGCCUUUUUGACGGAAGUGUUGGGCAAGAUUAUGUUGGCAUGGUACAUCCGCCACGCCGGUUCUUUACGGUGUGAGGAGUGGGCGUACGAGGUCCCCGCAAGUCAAUCUGGAGCUGCGAAGCUGAGGUGCAUGUUGGUUUCGGUUCCGUGUGAAGCGCUGCGCGGGGACACGGAUUCUGAGGAACUUGGCGACCUCGCCCAGUUCAGGUUUGCCAAGCAAGCGAUUUCUGUGCGCGAAGUCCGAACAGUCUCGGAUGUCCCUGUGCACCAGACGCCGUGCCCGUGUCUCGUUGUGGCUUCGACGGAGGCCCGGCAGAGUCGCAGUCCCGUGCGGGUGGUGCGCGCCGGGUCGGGCAGCGCCCCGACCAGGCAGACAAGGCCCCCGAUCCAGACGUGGCCACAGGCUGCCAUCCAACGGUUGGGUGCGACCACGUGGGCGAGCACGGACGAAAGGCACGACAUCGCCUCCUCCGGCCAUUGCCAGGUGGAGCUUGCUGUGCCGGCAGGCACUCCUACUCCGUCGGGUUCCUCGGUUCCAGCCGUCACCAGGGCCACUCCGGGUCCGGCCCUCGAGGCCACGCCAAGGACUACAGCGAGUCCUUCCCGAGUGCGCUUCGCCGUCACGAGGCCGGCCGAAGCUGAGAAGGGCCUUUGGAGCGACCAGCUGAGAGAUCCAGAUGCCCCUCUGAUGCCGCCAGAGACGAUGCCUUCUGCACAGGCUGUGUCCGUCUCGGACAGUCUUCAGGGCCAUGCAGCCAGCUUCGAGGCUGCGCAGCAACCGCAUGCCACAUCCAGACAGUCGGAUGCUGGCAGUGACGAACUGAAACAAUCAGGACCUGAGCAGGGUGAUGUCCUCUCGAAGCAGAGCAUGGAUGUUCUCAUGACGUUCAUGCAGGAGCAGAUGAAGCACUUUGAAGACAGGCUAAAGAUGGAGCUGCUCGGCCGCCUGCGGGGCUCCGCCGUACAGCGUUCAGCACAAGCGGCUGCCAGUCUCGAGGAGAAGCUGCUUCUGCAAAUCCAGCGUGUCCAACAAGAAGGCGAGCGUCUUCGGGAGCCUCGAGAGACACCCCGGGAGACACCACGCCGAGGAGAGUCUUCAGAGGAGCCCAGCAGUGACGGCCGAAGAGAUGACAACCACGAGUCCGAGAGGGAAACCGUCAAGGAGCUCCUGAUCAAUUUCAGGAAACUGGCUGCAGAGCUGCAGAUGCAGAUAACUCGGAUAGACAGGCUUGACAUGGACAUGGGUGGCCGGCUGGGUGGCCUCGAAGAGGGCAUCAGGCGGUUGGAUGCCGAGAACGCGAAGCUCACAGAGCAGUUCACUGAGUCGGCACGAAGGCUGGCGGCGCCUGUAGGUCUGGCCGAAGACCUUCACCAAGCGGUGAGGUCGCUCGAGGAGGCGCUGGAGUCCUGGCAAAGCCACACGCAGCACCUCGAGGAUGACUUGCGCAGCCGAAUGGAAGAGCUCUCGCAUUCAGUGGCGCGCUUGGAGCCCAGCAAGGGCCAAAGUCACGUCCAGGCAUCGCCCAAGGGCCAAAGCAGCCCUUCAAGAGCCAGUCCGGCAAAGCGCACAAUCCCCAGCCUCCCGUGUCACCCGACCUCGACGGCCUUCUUGAAUCUGGUCUCCAUCCUCCCAGCAUACUCGCCCUCAAGCCAAGACAAGGAUGCUUUGGUCGGCGUGGGCCGUACCGACUCCCCGAGAAGCGACGAUGUCGUGCCAAGCUUGGCAGUGCCUCUGCUCGCCGGGGCCGAGGAGCCGCUCCCGGCCGAAGACGCAUUCCGGGCACUGGAGGGCUUUCCAGGUGAGCCAGUUUGUGCAGUGGAUGGACAAGGAGGGCCACCGGAGAUUGGGCCAGACCCGGAGGUGGUCCGUCAGGCUCUGUCGGACCUCGCGGAGACGCGAGAGCGCAUCCGGCAGCUGAGGGAGGCCAGCGCCCAGCACUCGGAAGCAAGAGAAGCUACUGGUAGCGAGUGA